AUGAGCGGGGAGACGGAUGGAACCAAAUCUCGAACAUCGACCAUAAAACCCAGCAGGUCUCAGUACAUGCUUAUUGAAGAUGUCGAAAACCUCCACAGAUACCGGCCAGGAGGAUUCCAUCCUAUACAAAUUGGGGAUAACUUGAAUGAGCGCCGAUAUUGCCUAGUCGAUAAACUUGGGUAUGGCGGAUACUCGACUAUCUGGCUAGCCCGUGACCUGCAAAGGGCCAGAUAUGUGGCACUGAAGGCUAUUACCGCUGAUGCCAGCACCUACACGCCUGAGGCUAGUCUCAUAAAUUCUUUUGGAAAAUCGCCGCCUAGGCCGGGCAGAGAAAUAUUUCCAUGCCUCCUCGACGAAUUUUGGGUUGCUGGUCCCAAUGGGAAUCAUAGAUGUAUCGUCACUCCCCCAGCACGUAUGAGCCUUCUCGAUGCCAGAGAGGCAUCGACUGUUGGUCUAUUUCGCCCCAAGGUCGCGCAGUCGAUCAUCGCCCAGCUUAUUCGUGGAGUCGGAUUUCUUCACAGUCAGAAUAUUGUACACGGCGACCUUCAUCUAGGGAACAUCCUAGUCCAGUUCCCUAAAGCAAUCGAUGGUCUUUCCACGCCAGAGCUAUACGAGAGAUUCGGAGAACCAGAGUCAGAAGCUGUUGUUCGUCUCGAUGGCAAGCCAUUGUCGGAUAGCGUACCCGCGCGUGUAUUCAUUCCUGGCUGGUUUGGGGUUCACAGCGACGAUAUUGUCAUUGGGGAGGACAAGAUCAUCAUUAGCGACUUUGGUGAAUCUUUCAACCCACAGAAAACGGCCAGGUUCUCCUCGAAGACCCUUCCUCUCCUCCAGCCACCAGAGGCCAGAUUCUCUGACGAGCCGCUCUCCCUUGCCUCGGAUAUUUAG